AUGCCGCUCUAUCUCACCUUCAUCGACUUGAAGAAGGCCUUCAACUCAGUUGAGACGGAAGCGGUCGUGGAAGCCUUGGACAACCAAGGCGUCCCUACUCAGUACAUAAAUGUACUUCGAGAGUUGUACAGUAACUUCACGACCGGAAUUUCGCCAUUCUACAAGAACAUCAUCAUUGACGUGAAGAGGGGGGUCCGACAGGGUGAUACAAUUUCACCCAAAAUAUUCACAGCCACCCUCGAGAACGCAAUGCGAAAGUUGGAAUGGGACGACAUGGGAGUGAAUUUUGAUGGUCGGCAGCUACACCAUUUACGCUUUGCUGAUGACAUCGUACUGAUAACAUCCAGCAUCAGCCAAGCGGAACGAAUGCUCACCGAAUUCGACGAAACAUGUGGAUGCAUCGGUCUUCAGCUGGAUCUGCAAAAGACGAUGUUCAUGCGCAACGGAUGGGUCUCGGAUGCCCCAUUCACGCUCAACGGAACGAACAUAUCCGAAUGCACCAGCUACGUUUAUCUGGGUCGGGAAUUGAACAUGAUGAACGACCUGACCCCCAAGCUGGGCAGGAGGAGAAGAGCGGCUUGGGGAGCGUACAAGAGCACCGAGAAUGUAGUGAAGAAGACCAGGAACACCCGGCUCCGUGCUCACCUCUUCAACACCACCGUACUUCCUGCUUUGACCUAUGCUUCGGAAACCUGGGCAUUUCACAAGCAGGAAGAAAACGCGGUGAGCGUCAUUGAACGCGCAAUUGAGAGAGUGAUGCUAUGA